AUGGACGAAUUAAGAGGUCCAAAUAUACAAAUUGUCCUCCAUUUGAAAGAAGGCUUAGGUUUUGGGUUUUUGCGGACUCCUUUUGUUGUUACCGGCUCAUUGAAUGGUUAUAUGUUAGAAACUGACCCUGUAAUACCAACGCAUGCGCCAGUUUUUGAUGCGGAGUUGGUUUGGGAAGCCGAUAAGCGAAGAUUUCGAAGUUUAAGAGUUCAAAAUGUACCUGUGAAAGUGGAAGUGUAUACGACAGGAACACAAAGUCGAAAAGAUAAAUUGGGUUAUUUACUUCUCAGUCUGCUUUCAGCACAACCUUGCCCAUCAAAUAAAAUAAAUGAUAUAAAAUACUCUUGGCAUAAACUUCUUGGUGUGAAGUCUGAAGGAAAAUGUUGCCAUCCUCAAAUAAUGAUCAGUCUGACAAUAGAAGAUAGAGCUAAUACUCCAACUCCGAGGAAUGAAUUGAGAAUGUUUCAUAGUAAUGAAAUAGCAUAUCCUUCUGGUGGAAAUACAGUUAAUACAACAGCAGGAAGGACUGUAUUAUUGACUUUGGAAGAAUAUAUGACAGAGAGUAAAAAAACAGUGUCAUCAUCAGAUCUCCAACCAAAGUUAAUUUGUGAUGAGGGUCUUAUACAGAUUGGUGCUGGAAAACAUUUGUUUAUUCUAAGUUUAGUCAUAGGAGCCGUAGAAAACAUAGACUUGCUGUUACCUGAAAAGAUGACUGACAGUAAUCCAGUGGAUUGUCAUGUCUCUUAUUCUGUGUUCACCCAUGAAAUUAUGACUGAUAGAGUGCGCGCACGUAGUUCUGUGAGUGCGGUACAAUUCAACCAGCGCACGUCGUUGCGAGUGCGCGCUGAUCUCACUGUGUUGUCGCAGUACUUCGCGCAUUGCCCUCAUUUAGUAGCGCGUGUGUGCGCUCAAGACCAGAACAUAGGUAUAUGUAGCAUGGAUCUCCGUAAGCUAGUUCCCACCGAAGACUUAUCGUUGUUCACCAAUCAGUUCUGUAAUUUUGAGAAUGCUUUAACGAUACAUGAACGCUCGUACAUUUUACGAUGCGAUGGUGCGACGCCACAUGACACACGCAGACCCUACGUAGACAUAGAGAUGAGUCUUAAAUACUUAGGUUUGAAGAAAGAUGUUCAGAAACCUUUAAUUCACGCGGCUCGCAGUACGACUGGGUUAGAAAGCGAUCGGCGAACGAGUGAAGCGGCGAACCUCCAAUAUACUGGCGGCAGUUGUACAGACGUAGGACGAGAUACUGAGACGCGCGCGUACACAGACAUCGAUGUAUGCAACACAGCGCGAUAUAAAAACUCAGCAGGCGAUCCGAUAAUCCAAUCCAGUGAAAUAGCGGAUAUAAUAAAGAAAAUGUACGAAUCGUUCACAUUAAACCAAGAGAAGCUGUUAGCGAGCCGUCUAAGGCCGACUACUAGCGAUAUGCAAGUACAAUGCGGACCAGAACGUAGAGAUGCGUCCGCGUAUGUUGAAGUUAACGCAGAUGACGGAAUCAAUACUGAGAAUAUCGAAGAACGGUUGGAUAGUGGCUCUAGAAACAUUAAACUAGAUUCAAUACCCAUAAAAUUAGAGACAAGUAAAAGUGAUACUCACAUCUCAUCUACGGAAAAGGUUAAGAAAGUUCUCACACCAAGAGAACGCGAUGAGAUAAUGCAGAGAGUCGUCGAUGAACUAGAAGACUGGAAGGAGCAGCAGCAGCAACUUUAUAAAUGUCAGCUUAAACGCAAGGAAGAGUACCAUUUGGAACUGUUAGCUAAAGAAUGGGAGAAGCAGCGUAUUGAGCUGGAGUCGAAGUUGCGUCGUGGCGUCGAACAAUGCAGGACCCUCGCCGCUGAUCUAGCGCGGGCCACUGACGACUUCAGAUUAAGAGGAUACAGGAAUACACAUCGCGAACAAAAGUUGCUAGAAGCGAAGAAAGCUUUAGAGGCUCACUACACGGCUAAGUACCAGGAGCUAAGAGAAGCGUCGCAAAAGAUGGAGGACGAUAUGAACCACCAUCUCAAACUUAAAGACAUGCGCAUCGAAGAGUUGGAGAUGAAGGUGUUGUCACUAGAAAAACAAGUCGAUGUAUUAAAGAAUAACUUGAAGAACAUAGAGAAGGAAGCCGAGUGUAAAUACUCAGGUCUGACGAAGGAUCAAACCGCAAGUCUUAUUCAAGAAUUGCGUUGUUUAGAGGAGAAGUUGGAUGGCGCUAUGCAGUCGAAGGCAUUCUUCAAGGAGCAGUGGGGCCGCGCCGUGCGCGAGUUGCACCUCACCAAGCUGGGCACGCGCCGCCACCUGCUCACGCGGCUGCAGCACGAGCGGCGGCAACUGGCGGAUAGAGGAUUAGACACAAUAGCAGAUCAGGAAGAGAGUUUCACGAAUCAGAACAACAUUGACAUCAAGAAAUUGAAAGAUGAUUUUUACGUGGACAUACUGGCUAACACACCAGCCUUAGACGAAAGCUCCAUUAUAAGUACCACAGGACCCGAUGGAAUGGACAUUUACGACGAAAACAAGGGCAGUAAGAAUCCUAUGAACGAUAAAUUGUCGGAGUUAAUAUCGCAAAGAGAGCAGUUAAGCCGUCAGCCUUCAGCAGAUCCAGUUGUGCUGCAGAAUCUCAGCGCUGAAAUACGCACUAUGCUACUUAAUUGCAGCACU